GACCCAGUUUCGAUCUUCGGCUUCGGCUGCUCGCAAGCACCUGGCCGCCUGCUCGGCAAUCGGUAUCCACUCGCCGGCCGCCGCCGCAUUCUCUCAGUUGGGUCGGCCCGGCGCAGUGCUGCCUCUCCACGACCAGCGCAGGCGGCCGCAGCGGGAGGAGGUGACGGGAACCCGGCAAGCGCCGGGAACAGGAAGAGGUCCGAGGCAGCCGCCAAACCCUAGGUUCUCACAGUAGAAGUGUACCAAAUGGACCACAGGCGUUCCUCGAGGAAAAUAUGUAAAUCUGUCGCACAUGAAGAUUUCAUCAGCAAUCUGCCAGAUGGCCUCAAGGACAAAAUUCUUUGCUGUCUGCCAAUAAAAGAAGCUGUUGCAACUUGCCUCUUGUCAAGGAAUUGAAGGUACACAUGGACUUCAAUGACCGAACUGAUGUUCAGGGGAGAUGAUUUUACUUCAGAAAAUGGCAAUGCAAAUGAUGACAAAUCCAGGUUUCUUAAGUUCACUGACAUGUUUCUGUCCCUUCACGAUGGCCCAAUUCUUAAGUUUGGACUGAAUACAAAAGACGUUCAAAUAUACGCUGGAGGACACAUCUAUCGUUGGAUGCUCAUUCUUUCAAGAAAGAGAAUUAAGGAACUUCAGAUUCGAACACCUAUGCGGGGCUGUUACAAGAUCCCUUCUUCUUUUUUCUCCUGUCAUGAGCUGGAAUCUGUGUACCUGUGUUUUUGUAGGCUGACAACUUCACAGCUGCCACUGCUAUCGAAAGGCUUCAAACAAUUGCAUACUCUUCAUCUGGAAUGCUGCUAUAUUCUUGGAGGAAACAAUUUUGGGGAUUUAGUAGCUAGUUGCCCAAAUUUAAAUAAGCUUAUUCUCAAUAGAAUUUAUAGCUUAGCCGAUAUCAAUAUUCAUUCAACAAAGCUCAAGAUGCUAACACUUGAUGGCCAUUUUAAGCACCUCAAUCUGCAUACUCCAUAUCUUACUUCGGCGGUCAUCAAACUGAGACCUCUCCCUAGUGAUGCUUCGAAGAUCAGAUGCAACUUCAAUUUUUCUCAAUUUAUUGCUUCUCUUUCUGAUGUUGAAAGUAUUUCAUAUCUUGGGCCAAUACUUGAGCGUGCAGAACAUGAAUUCUUGGUUCUCAAGCUGCCGAAAUCAUUCAACAGGCUAAAAAGGAUAAGCCUGAACUUAGAUCUUGGUAAUCUGAAGGAAGCAAAUCUUGCUCUCUGCUUAUUUCAGCAUGCGCCGUACCUGCAGUUUAUUAAUGUGCAGCUCACUUCCAAUGAGCCCAUAGUACCCGCAGUGCAUUUCUGGGAAUCAAUAGACCGUCACGUCUGUCUCUUCCAGAAUGUUCGUGCAGUUGGUAUGAUCAACUUUACUGGCUCCGGUGCAGAGCUAGGCUUCUUGAAACUUAUACUUGAAGAUGCACCAAUGCUAAAAAGAGCGUUCAUAAACGACAACGGAAAAUUGGGAAAAGAUGACCUCAAGAACCUCCUGAAGUUGAGAAGAGCAUCGAAGGAUGCAGAAAUAGUGAUUUUUUCAGGCUCGGUUCCACCACUCUGAAAAGGUAAAUUUGCCACCCCUAAAGUUUUCUCUGAUGCAUAGUUUCUAGUCCAAUCUCUGAAGGAACAAGUCCUGACCACAUAGCAGUUAUCAAACUCAUGUUUGGAGCUUCACAGAGCUACUAAUUUCUUUCAGUGUGAUCUUGUAUGACGUUAUCUCUGAAUAUUUUCGUACUUCCGAUACUGAAGUUAUCUUGUAGUCCUACUGAAAACAAAGUUGUCUCUACAAGAGUUGCUUGCUUGUUGUGUCAAGGUUCAGAAAAUAUUUCCAGUGUUUCGAGGUAAGAUCAUUAGGUAGUCAGGUUUUUCUCUUUCAGAACCUUGAUGAAGUUGAUAUGAUCAACUUAACCGGUUGCUAGUAGGAAUAUCUGGCACAGAACCUUGAUGUAGUUCAUACGAUCAACAUUACUCACCCCUGUCUAAGCUAA